AUGGUGCAGAACGAUCCAACGCCAUCGUAUGGCUCCGAAACAAGAAAUGGUAUGGAUAUGUACAGUUCAAAUUCUGGUAUGGAAGUAAUAAAGCCACACUCUGAUAUGGAUGUGUAUAAUCCACCACAGCCUUGGCCGAGUGCUAAAGCCAGCGUGCGACACGAAAAGUACAUCAAAUUACGUCGUUCUACCCUGACCAUGAGCGCGAUAUUCAUGGUCAUCAUCAUUUGUGCUGUAGUCGGUGGUGCAAUCGGCGGCACUCAAGCUUUGAAACAUGCACGAGAAGAAUGCCACUCUUCUCAUCAGUUUGUUCAGCCGACGAGCCCGCCGGUGAGCACGGUCACGUACACCUCUGCGGGACAAGUUUUCACCACCGUGGUGCAACAGACAACUACAAGUUACCAAGUGGAUUUUCAUGGCUCAAGGACAAUUUCUCUGGAACAAGGCUCGACAUCCUGGGGGCCUAUGCCGACAUACAUAUCGAUACCACCGGCCGAAAAUAGCACAUAUACGUCUCCAGCCAGCGGCAUGAAAUUUGAUACAGUAUAUGGAAAACAAUAUAAUGGCGAUGACAUCAUUCCAGUCCUAGCAAACUCGUUUGAGGCUUGCAUAGAAGCAUGCGUGAAUCGUCAGAUGAUGAUCAAAGCCCAAAACGCUCAGGGGCCGGAGUGUGCGGGAGUUGGGUGGAUCCCAGUGGACGCGGCAAGGGGUAAUUACGAUAAUACUGUGGCGGGAAACUGCUACGUGAAAAGUAGUCUGGGAACAGGACCCUUAGAAGAUCAGCCACGAGGAGCGCAGUACUACAUCGCCAUCAGAAGAUCUGACCUAUGA